AUGUUUCAUUUCAUUUUAUUCAUCAAUUUCCUAUUCAUCUCACUAUUCUGGUUCGGUGAUAGUACGAAGGUUCCCCAUGAGUUGAUUGUGAAUUUGGUAAAACCGAAUGGUAAGAUACGAGGUCACAUUUUGAAAAGCAGUCAAGGAAAGGAUUUCUAUGCAUUUCAAGAUAUACCGUUUGCAGCACCUCCAAUAGGAAAAAGAAGAUUCAAAGCACCCCAAUACCAUGAUGGAUGGGAUGGCAUUUUGAACGUGACUGAUAACAAAAAAAUUUGCAUUCAGUUUCACCCUUCUCGUAGUGAACCAUUGGAAGGGGAAACGGAGGAUUGUUUGGUCUUAAACGUUUAUUCUCCAGCGAAACCUGGAUCAAAAUCUUCCCUGCCAGUUUUGUUCUGGGUUCAUGGAGGUGGUUACUUCGAAGGAUCAGCUCGUAUAGAGAAUUACAACCCUAGUUAUUUCAUAGACGAAAACAUCAUAGUCGUAACCAUCAACUAUCGUCUUGGUCCACUAGGUUUCCUAUCGACUGGAGAUGACGUCAUCCCUGGUAACAUGGGUCUGAAAGACCAACACCUUGCCUUGGCUUGGACCGCAGAAAACAUCCACUUGUUUGGAGGAGAUGCUGAAAAAAUUGUUAUUGCAGCUCAUAGUGCCGGAGCUUACGCAAUUGGUUUCCAGGUACUCAGUGAAAGGAAUAGAGGUCUAUUCAGAGGAGUGAUUCAACAAAGUGGAUCCCCACUAGUAGACACAGGGUUUCAGACCGAUCCAAAACAGUAUGCUGUUCAGCUGAUACAGAAAUUAGACCAGACUGGCAUAUUCGACCCAAAGAACUCCACUAGACAUGUUGAGAUCCUCCAGAAUGCACCAAUAGAUGAAAUCAGGAGAGUCACCAAAACGAUUGUGGGCAGAGAAUCUCAAAACGGUUUCAUGCCCUUCAUGAUAUGGGCUCCAGUAAUGGAAAACAAGCAAUCAAAUGAAGCUAUAGUGACUGCCCCGAUGAGGCAGGCGUUUCAGGAGGGUGACUUCAAUUUGGUUCCUACUCUCAUGGGCAUAGCUUCUGAAGAAGCAUUGUACUUUUUGCCAGAUCCUUCGUUUGAUGAGUCAGCACAGCGGUACGACAAGGACUCAGGUCUGCUGAUCCAUCCUAGAUUGAACAUCAAAUAUGAGGAUACGAAGAUGGUUGGCAGUUUGUUGAAAGCAGUGUACACAUCAUCAACAUUUUUCGAAGACAAAUAUGCCUUUGUUAAGUUCACCAGUGAUGUUGUUUUUUCGAGAGCUGUUAUUGAACAAGCACAACUCAUGGCUAGAUAUGUACCUGUAUACUUGUAUCAGUUCUGUCUUAGACAGAGUGGUAAUUAUUCUCAUCCAGGUGCCCCUCAUACAUCUGAAUUACCAUAUAUUUGGUAUAAUGGAAAAGUAGAAUCGAAUUUAGAGGAAGAUGGUAGAAUCCAAAUGAUCAGGAUGUGGACCAACUUCAUAAAAUAUUUAAAUCCCACACCGGAGAAAGAUUUCUUGCUACAAAAUAUUGAAUGGCCAAGACUGGAUUCGACGACUAUGGAAUAUUUGAACAUCAACAAAACGCUAAGUAUAGAAACCAACCCAAGAAAUUAUAAUGAAAUGAGAAAAAUUUUGAAUGUUUAUGUACAGCAACCUUAUAAUGUAUAUUAG